CAUGGCAAGCUUUGGAAACGCGUUUGUGAUGCCGGCGUUGGUGUUAGCAGCAAUCAUCGUCAUGUCUUCGGCGAGACUUUCAUCUGCAUCUGGAGACAUUUAUGGAAAUUAUGCUGAUCGUGAUGAACCAUCAUCAAUAAGCCCUAGCCCUAACCCUAGCCCUAGCCCUAGCACCACAGAAGAUAUCAGCAGCAGCAGCAGCAAUUUCCCAGAUGUACUGCCGCUGGAGCCCUCGCAGGGAUACUACAGGCAUUUGAGGAAAUGCGCAGACGAAAUAAGCCCUCUGUGCGCUGAACAGAUCUUUGAGGGUAUGUUCUACAGUAACGAAGAACUGACUGAGGAUUGUUGCGCAAACCUUUUGCAUGUGGGAUACGAUUGUCACCGGGGGUUGGUUAAGCUAAUCCUCCUAGAACCGACGUUCAAAGGCAAAGCUUCCGAGGCAUUGCACAAGAGUUUCCAAAUAUGGAGCAAGUGUGUCGUAGUCGUUCAUCAAGCCGACUCACCUUCCCCUACUGCUGCCGCUGUUUCUAAUUAAAUUUCUUGUUUUCUUGCACUAGAAUCUACAUGAGCAUGACGAUGAUUUAGUCAGCUAAUAUAGGACUUAUCUGAA